CCUGGCUCUCUCUGUGGCCUCAGCACAGUGGACCAGAGUGUCUUCAUCCUGGCACCCGGGAAACAGCUUGAUGCUCAGAAGGUGUUUGCAUUAUUACCAACUUUGGACUCAAAAAUUGAUGAUGCUGUUGAGGACUUGAAGUGUGAAUGGGAUCAUCCCAUCACGUAUCCCCUUCAUGGCCCUCCUGCGGUUCUUAAGGUACAACAGCAGCCAACGAUGAUAACAAUUUGAAAUUGGGAUUGAAGGCCAUAACCAAUAUGGCUCUAGAGGGCCCUUCAUGUGACUUCAUCUAUUCCGAAGAUUAUGAAACGCUGGAAAUGGAAGCCGAGCUCGAUUAUGGAGCUGCCAGUGAAGAUGAGAGUGAAGCUGCAAGCGUGACGGUCCGCACAGUCUUCCCAGAAACAUGGCUCUGGGCCCUGGCUGAGGUUGGAGAGUCUGGGAACACACAGGUCCCUGUCACCGUCCCCGACACCAUCACCACCUGGGAGACGGAGGCCUUCUGCCUGCACCCAGAAGGCUUUGGUCUCGCCCCCCCAGGCCAGCUCACCGUUUUCCAGCCCUUCUUCCUGGAGCUAUCCCUGCCAUACUCCAUCAUCCGUGGAGAGACCUUCCAGCUCAAAGCCACAGUCUUCAACUAUCUGCCCAAGUGCAUCAUGGUGACAGUGACUCCAACUCCCUCAUCAGACUUCACUCUGAGCCCCUCUGCUGAUGGCCAGUACUCCUCCUGUCUGUGUGCCAACGGCAGGAAGACCUUCAGCUGGACCCUGGUACCCUCCGUACUGGGAUUGAUGAAUGUGACCGUGACUGCGGAAGCUACCUCCUCCCAGACCCUGUGUGGAAAUGAGUUGGUGUCUGUGCCUGAGAGGGGCCGCAUUGACAUAGUCACACGCCCCCUGCUGGUCAAGGCUGAAGGAACAAAGAAAACAGAGACCUUCAAUUGGCUCCUAUGUCCAAAGGGGGGCGCUUUGAUAGAGGAUGUGGAGCUGAAAUUACCAGCAGAUGUCAUAAAUGGAUCAACACGAGCUUCCGUCUCUGUGCUGGGAGAUAUCUUGGGUCGCGCCCUGAAGAACAUGGAGGGUCUCCUGAAGAUGCCGUAUGGGUGUGGAGAGCAGAACAUGGCCAUCCUUUCCCCAAACAUCUACAUCCUGCAGUACCUGCAGAACACUGGCCAGCUCACCACAGACAUCAGAGAGAGAGCCAACAACUUUCUCAAGAGUGGAUACCAGCGACAGCUGAACUACAAACACAGUGAUGGGGCUUAUAGCACGUUUGGCUCAGGAGACGGGAACACGUGGCUAACUGCGUUUGUGAUGAGAUCUUUUGGAAAAGCGAAGUCCUUCACCUACAUUGACUCGCGGAUUCUAAGAUCUGCUGAAACUUGGCUCAGAAAUAAACUCCAGCCGUCCGGAGUUUUCCAUAUGCAAGGGAAGCUCUUCAACAACCGAAUGAAGGGAGGAGUAAAUGAUGACGUCACCAUCACUGCUUACAUCACAGCAUCGAUGCUGGAACUGGACAUGCCUGUACACGAGAGCACCAUGAGGUUCCUCAAGUCGUCCGUCAGUGAUCUGUCCAACAUGUACUCCACUGCUCUGCUGACCUACACCUUCAGUCUGGCUGGAGAAGCAGAGAUCAGAGCUCAGCUGCUCAAACACCUGGACACAGUAGCGACUUCUAGUGGCGGCAAUGCGCUACACUGGUCCUCAUCCUCCUCAGAGCUGCCUGAUUCCCUGUCAGUGGAGACGAGCUCUUACGUGCUGUUAGCCGUCCUAACCAAGCCCACGCUGACCACUGCAGACCUGGGCUACGCCAGCAGGAUCGUCAGCUGGCUAGUGAAGCAGCAGAAUCCAUAUGGAGGCUUUUCUUCCACGCAGGACACAGUGGUGGCACUGCAGGCUCUGGCCCUGUAUGCCACUGUGGUCUUCAGUCCACACGACUCCAGCACCGUCACAGUGCAGACACCAGGCGGCGCCAAACAGCAGUUUGAGGUGAACCAGCUCAAUGCCUUGCUCUACCAGGAGGGGGCGCUGUUGGAGCUUCCUGGGAAGUUCAGCAUAGAGGCCAAGGGCUCCGCUUGCGCUUCUAUUGGGGUGGCUCUUUUCUACAAUGUCCCAACUUCCAGUGACAAGACUACCUUGGCUAUCACAGCUCAGGCCCAGCCACAGACUGAGGGAGAGUGCAACAAGGCCCAGGCACAGAUCCUCAAUGCGGAGAUCACUGUCCUUUACCAUGGUCCUCAGGAGAGCACCAACAUGGCCAUUGUAGAUGUCACCAUGCUCUCUGGCUUCACUCCUGACCCCGCCUCUCUCAAACUUCUUAAAGGCAUCAAAUUGGUGGACAGAGUAGAGAACAAAGACGACCAUGUUCUCAUCUACCUGUCCCAGGUCCAAAAGGGUUCACCUGCUGUCUACAAACUGGCCAUCCAACAGGAUGUCCCAGUGAGCAACCUGAAGCCAGCCCUGGUCAAGGUCUACGACUACUACCAGCCCAGUGACCAAUCUGAGGCUGAGUACUCGUACCCUUGUGCAUAGGAUGGUCCUGACAGUAUGUGUGUGUGUUCAUUUGUUACUGUUAAUUUAUCUUAACAAUGAGACACUGAACUUCCCUGUUUAGGUUUUUAAAUACUUUUGUAACUCUAUAAUGGUGAUAUAGUACAUUUUACUGAGUAAACUAGACAAACCCGCCUAGUGCCAGAAAACACCAGGUGAGUGUACUUCUAUACUUCUCAUGUUAUAGUCUAGCAUGCCGGCAUAGUGAUAUAGCAUUCCCAAAACCUGUUACCUUUGUAUUGGGCUACAUACAAGCCAUUUGUCACAGUAUAAUUACCUUUGUCUUUGCACAACACUUUCUCACUGCUUGUUUCAUCAUUCCUCUGAAAAAUCAGUAGCCUAAUAAUAAAUGUAUAGCCUAAUAAUAAUAAAAAAUAAAUAUUGAAAUUGAAA